GCUAUCAAUAAACUUCUUCGGAUUCUCUCUGCAACUCUUUCUUCACACCAUACUUUCUUCUUGCAAUUCAUAUUAGUUUUCACAUGGUAUCAGAUUAAGGUUUAGAUCCUUACUGAUUCGUUUUCUUCAUUCUAAUCGAUUCUUUCUAAUCGAUUCAAUCGAUUUCUAUAAUCGAUUCCUUUUCUGUUCGUUUGCAUCUUCCGCAAACCCUAGCAACGAUGGCUCCACCGAUAAACCCUCUUAUCAACAUGGAUCCGCCCCUGGUUGUGGUCUAUUGCCAACAACAUAAAAUUUGCAGGGUAGAAGGGUGGAAUGUGCGGUUAGUUGCGGUGUUUGUGGUGCUGCUGAGGAAUCUCCGAUGCAUCUCUUCAUUCGCUGUCCGGAGGCAAGGAAAGCGUGGAGUGCAGUGGGCUGGAGGUGGUCAAGAGCUGUGGUUGGCAGUUUCUUGGAGCAGGUGGAAGCGGAGUUUAAAGCUAAAAAUAAUGAGGAGAAUUGUUGCGGGCUGGGCUGGAUUUUGCGGGACGAGGGGGGAAACUUUCUGGCCGGGGUUUCGAAGGGCUGGAGUGGCAGCUUAUCUCCAUGGGAAGCCGAGUUGAUCGGCAUACGAGAAGCUCUUACUUGGAUUAAACAGCAAGGCUGGGAUUUUGUGGAUGUCGGGUUCGAUGCCUCUCGGGCUAUUUCUGAAAUUCUGAAGGGCUCUAAUGUUUCGGCAGCAGGUUUGAUUGCGUGGAUAUUUGAGAUAUCAGUUCGUGGUUUACGGACAUUUCUUUUCAUUAUAUUUGGCUAUGUGCGAACAAAGGGGCUCAUGAGCUAGUUAAAGUCGUUGGUUCUAUGUCUGAUGGCCACUUGUGAUCGCAAAUUAUACCAUACAUCCGGGUGUAAAUAUACAUCCGGUAUUUUUGUAAUAAAUUGCAAGUUCAAGCCUUUAAUUGAUGUAUCAUGCUCUUGUCCUUAGGCUUUUCUUUUUUGGUUUCUUUAGCUAUAUGUCUGUACUCACCCAUCACGCCACAUAUUACCUUUUUGUUCUCUUUUUGUUCUCUUACCAGACCUUUUCAUUAAUUCAGCUCUAGACCCU